AUGGGAUCGGUUGAGUCUAUAUGGGCAAGAGCGGCGGGAAACGGUUAUCAAUUUCAGGAGCACCCUACUGUUCACUGGUGUCCAUCACAAAUCGAACAACAGGAAUUACGUUUCAGAUAUGGAAAUUUUACUGGUAUUGUUGACUGGAGCUCUUGCCACUUAGAGGUUGAAUCUUCGUUCGGAAAUCAUUAUUUCCAAGGCGACGGCAGUAACGCAGGAGUCCUCGAAAAUAUAAUAAUUUAUAAAUCUGAUGAUGGGCAGUACGUGCUGCAAGAGCGGAGUGCGGACCAGUGGACUAUAUAUGGGGCGGAAGGCAACGAGCUAUUGGUAAUGCGCGACUGCGACGGGAAGGCGACUGCCGUGUUCGCCCGCGUCCCGUUCUGGCCCACGCCACACCAGCUCUACGCCAUCUUGUACCGCAGCGGCGUCAAGCCGCGAACCCUACACCGGAUCCCUUGUGAAACUAACGAAACGCAUAAU